AGUUAUUAAUCUAUUCUUGAGAAUCCUCCACUCUCAUCUAUCCUCAUGGAUGAACUUCAGGAUGUUCAACUCACAGAGAUCAAACCACUUCUAAAUGAUAAGAUACCAGUAUCCCACAAUGGACGAACUGGCAGAAAUGCUGCCUUCUGUUCUUACCCACUUGAGUCUGAAAGGCAUCAUUGGGAUUGGAGUUGGAGCAGGAGCUUACAUCCUCAGCAGAUUUGCACUCAAUCAUCCAGAGCUUGUGGAAGGCCUUGUGCUUAUCAACGUUGACCCCUGUGCUAAAGGCUGGAUUGACUGGGCAGCUUCCAAAAUCUCAUGCUUGACAACCAAUGUUGUGGAUAUUAUUUUGGCGCAUCACUUUGGGCAGGAAGAACUACAGGCCAACAUGGAUCUAAUUCAAACCUACAGACUUCAUAUUGCCCAAGAUAUCAACCAGGAAAACCUACAGCUCUUCCUGAGUUCCUAUAAUGGACGCCGAGAUCUGGAGAUUGAAAGACCCUUGGUGGGUCAAAAUGGCAAUGCAAGAACAUUAAAGUGUUGUACGUUAUUGGUGGUAGGGGACAGUUCACCUGCAGUGGAGGCUGUGGUUGAAUGUAAUUCUCGCCUGGACCCUAUUAAUACAACUUUGCUAAAGAUGGCAGACUGUGGGGGACUGCCCCAAGUGGUUCAGCCUGGAAAGCUCACCGAGGCCUUCAAGUACUUUUUGCAGGGAAUGGGCUACAUACCGUCUGCCAGCAUGACCCGACUCGCCCGAUCACGAACCCACUCAACGUCAAGUAGCCUGAGCUCUGGAGAAAGUCCCUACAGCCGGUCUCUCAUCAGCAAUCAGUCAGAUGGAACUCAAGGAGUCCCUGAGUCCUCUGAGGACCCGGACAAACAAGAGACCAUGGAGGUGUCCUGCUAAACAGAUGCCCAUACCCAGACCAUACAAGUCCAUCUGUUCACUCCAUAAUACAACAUUUCAUCCGGCAAACUGGCAUCUACUAUCUUUAACUCAUGCAUGGCCACUGAAUCUCUCUCUCCCCCUUUCUCUCUAUUGUAGCCUGAAUUUAUCAUUCUCUCUGCCCACUUGACCCUUUUUUUGUAUGUACCAAGAACCACUCCCAUGCCAUAACUCUUAACAUUCCAUCAUCUUUAGCAGACCAAAUCAUAUCUUUUCUUGCCAGCUUUUCCCUGUGCUCUCCCAACUAUGUAUCUGAUAAGAUUCUUUAAUCCCAACUCUGUGUGUGCGCGAGCACGUAUGUCUGUGUUUGUAUGCAUAGCUCUGUGAUUUUAGACAUGCUUUCUUGUAGAGCUUCUGC